UUCUCCUUCCUUCUUCCUCGGAGCUUUCAAUAUACUCACCUUCCUCCAUCCUGUAAAAUAUUUCAUCGAAUGGAUAAUCACAGCAAUCAACAGGAGCCGCCAGCGUACUCUAAUAACUCUCCUCCAUCAUAUUCAUCCGUUAGUCCUGCAAAUAGGAUCAAUAACAGCAACAACAACACCAACAACAACAACAGCACUGAUCCCGAGUCUUUACCGUUAUUCAGGAAUGCUGACCAAAGGCGAGUAAGGUUUUCAGGCCCGCCUGUUUUCGAGCAAGAACCUGGCUUCCUAUACACCAUUCAGGAAGCUGUUAAGAAAAUGGUGUACAUGAUAAGAUAUGAUUUUGGAGAAUUUUGUGCUCGUAUUGCGACCUGGUGCACCAUUGCAUUUAUGUUGGGUCUAGUGGCAUAUAUUUUCUUCCAUUAUCUUUUCUAUGAGGGUCCAUACCAGUCCCUCCUAGUCAUUAACUCAGAAAAGUAUAAAAGCCUAUCCAUCAAGCUUGGUUAUGGGAUUUCCGGUGAUAUUGUCAUCAGUAAAACUUAUAGAGAUGGUGACCGCGACAGUAACUCUAAUAGCGGCAAUCGCAAAGGUGAAACCGGUGGGGUUAUUAAAAAAAAAAACAUCCUCAUUGGCGCAUCCUUGAAUGCUUCCACACCAGAGUUACUCGAGGGGCUAGCCACUUCCUUAGUCCUCAACCAUGUACUCUCAACAGCCGAAGCAACUAUCUUUCUUCAAAUGUCGGAUGCUGAGAUCGAUAAAGCUCUUCAAUCCGGGGGAGAGACUUUUGUCCGGGUCGAGAUCAUGUUCCCUCGAAUAUGGACAACGUAUAAAACCAUUGAGAUUGAAAAUUCAUUUAAAGGGAAUGUGCAGGUCGACUUGGGCUAUUUUUCUCAAAUACAUCUUGAGAAUGAUUUUAUCAUCAAGGCCAGAAAUGGGGAUGUGUCCAUUACGAAUGUCAAGGUAGAUAGGGAGCUUCGAAUUGAUGCACCUUCUGGACAAUUGAAGGCUGCGAGUACAGCAGUCGAAGGCGUCGUAAGAGCUAGAGCAGGGAAGGAUGUGGACAUGCGGUUGAAUACGUCCAGGAACCGGGCGUUGGAUAUCCAGGUUACAUCUGAUACAGGGCUUGCACAUCUUGAUAUGCCGAAUCAGUUUUAUGGACACUUCUCGGUAGCCACUACAUCUACAAGUCCACCAAAGCUGCAAUCCCCAGAAUCAUACACCACACUUCAAAUAUCCAAUGGCAGUAGGAUGGAAGGUUUUGUUUCCUGGGACGGCGCGGAACCACCACCACUGCCGAGGGUUGAAGUCAAGGGCAAUACAGCUUCUCUGGAACUUCGAUAGCAUUUUGAAGUAUCAUGUCUAGUAAUUGAG